AGAGCCACAAGCACAAGACACAGCGGCGGUGACCCCGACCCCCCCGGGGCACUUUUACUCCGAUCUUCAGGUGAAAAUUUGCUCAUGCUAUAUGACACCUUAUUGACCACCGUUCAAUAUUUCACUACAUAAAUCAAUCCCGAAGACUACUAUCUGAACCUUCCGAAAUGCCCUUGACAAUGGCAUCAGUAUUAUCAUUGAUGCCUGUUCUUUGCUCCGUUCAAACCACUCCAAGAGUUAGGAGAACCCAUCAAGACAAUACUAACAAAACCAAUACUAGUGCUGGGAAGCAAAAACUGAGCUAUAAUGGCGGUCCGGUGGAAAACAUAGUGGAGGUUGUACAAAAUGAUGUUCUGUUUCUAAGAACCGGGAUAAACAGAGGCUUGCAAUGGGCCAAUAAAGCGUUUCGUAUUCCGCAGUUCACUAAAUUGGUCGAGGAUUUGGUGUGGCUGCGAAAUGUGGAGGACCCACAAGCUUCGUUUCUCCAGUUUCCCUCUUGGCCUCAGCCUUGUUAUCCACGUAGAACUUUCUGGCAUUGAUUUGUUUCUAGCUGAUCUCAAAGCCUUGGAUGUGUAUGCUAGCUACUUAUACUAUCUUGCCAAGAUGUGGACGAAGCCACUACCUGAAAUCUAUGACCCACAGAAUGUCACAGACUAUUUUAGCUUGAGGCCUCAUGUAGUGACCCUUCGGCUUCUUGAGGUAUUUGCUGCCUUUGUUUCCGCUGCAAUCAAAAUCCAGAUCUCAAGCAUCCUCUCCGCUACAGAUAAAGAUGCUGAUGAAAACAUUCUCAAGUACAAUUUUGGGACAAUAUUAAAAGAAACAAUGCUAAGCUUGGGCCCCACUUUUAUUAAAGUUGGUCAGUCCCUCUCCACAAGGCCAGAUAUAAUUGGUUCUGAAAUUUCAAAGGCUUUAUCUGAGCUGCAUGAUCAAGUCCCUCCUUUUCCAAGGGCUGAGGCCAUGAAGAUUGUCGAGGAAGAAUUUGGUUAUCCUGUGGAGAAAUUGUUUAGCUAUAUAUCUGAGGAACCUGUAGCUGCAGCUUCAUUUGGGCAGGUAUACAAGGGAAGUACAUGUGAUGGAUUUGAUGUUGCUGUGAAAGUCCAGCGCCCUAACUUAUGUCAUGUAGUAGUUCGAGAUAUUUAUAUUCUUCGUAUUGGGCUGGGACUACUGCAAAAGAUUUUAAAAAGAAAAAAUGACCUUCAAUUGUAUGCUGAUGAACUUGGCAAAGGAUUAGUCGGGGAGCUAGAUUACAACUUGGAGGCUGCCAACGCCAUAGAAUUCAUGGAAGUUCAUUCUCGUUUUCCAUUUAUUUGUGCUCCAAAAGUAUUUCAACAUUUGAGUAAAAAGAGAGUUUUGACUAUGGAGUGGAUGGUUGGUGACAGUCCAAGCGACUUGCUAUUCAAAUCUUCUGAGGAGUCUAGAGCAAAACUUCUUGAUUUGGUUAAAAAAGGAGUACAGGCAUCAUUGAUUCAACUCCUUGAGACUGGCCUAUUGCAUGCUGAUCCUCAUCCUGGAAAUUUACGUUUUACAGUAUCUGGACAAAUAGGGUUUCUUGAUUUUGGUUUGAUUUGUCGGAUGGAAAGAAGGCAUCAGUUUGCCAUGCUUGCUUCCAUUGUGCACAUAGUUAACGGAGAUUGGGCAUCCCUUGUAUAUGAUCUGACAGAAAUGGAUGUUGUAAAACCUGGGACUAAAAUCCGACUUGUCACCAUGGACCUGGAAGAUGCGUUGAGCGAAGUGGAAUUUAACAAUGGAAUCCCUGACAUCAAGUUUAGUAAAGUUCUGGGUAAAAUUUGGUCUGUUGCAAUCAAAUACCAUUUCCGCAUGCCACCAUACUAUACCCUAUUAUUGCGGUCUCUUGCAUCUCUAGAAGGAUUGGCUAUAGCUGCAGAUCCAACUUUUAAGACAUUUGAGGCUGUUUACCCUUUUGUUGUUCAGAAGCUUCUCGUCGACAACUCUGCUAUUCCAAGGAGAAUUUUACAUUCGGUUGUGUUGAACAGAAGGAAAGAGUUCCAGUUGCAAAAGCUUUCCCUUUUCUUAAGAAUUGGAGCAACUUGGGAAGGGUUGCAUUCAUUGACACCAUCGGAUGCUCAGGCUUCUUUUAAUCAGUCUGCAAAUGCAGUUCCCCGUGGAGUUGAUCUUGCAAACCUGGUUUUGAAACUUCUACCAUCGAAAAAUGGAGCUGUCUUGAGAAGACUAUUAAUGACUGCAGACGGAUCUUCAUUAGUUCGAGCAGUGGUUUCCAAGGAGGCAAGCUUCUUCCGCCAAGAAAUUUGUAUGGUCGUUGCCAAUAUAUUGUACCAGUGGAUGACCGCAGCCUUGGCAAAAGUUGUUAACAUAACCCAAUUUCGUUCGCAAGUAGUGUUGGCCAGCACUGCCAAAAGCACACAGAUAGGUCCUCCUACGAUAGACACAUCAAACAUUGAUUCUCAGUCCUUCCUGAGAGAUCGGCGGCUAAAAAUCAUUGUGCUGAAGGCAUUACAUUCUGCGAGGAAAGAUCCUGUCUUAAUGCUGAGAUUCUGCUGGACUUCAUUUGUCAUAUUUAUCACAGCAACAGCUUUGGCUUGUCAUCGCGUGUUGGUCUCCCUUAGUGAGGCAGGCUUGGAUCGUAUAUCCUACGCUCGUAAGCUAAUAACUGUCGGUGCUUAAGGUAUGUUUUGUGCUGGUUUGAGGACUUGUGGUGACGCUGAUAGACUGAAAAGGAAUUAGUUUUACCGAAGAUGAUUUACAUGAAAAUUGGUAUACUAGAUUUGAGUAGAAUUUUAUUCUUCAACUGGCACUAAAUUCUAUUCUGUGAUAGAACGUGCAAUAACCUUUGACUGGAAAGGACACUAUCCAAUGAAUGUGUAUAUAUAUAUUUUUUAGUAUAGUAUGAGUAGUUUUUGUGUUAAAUAAUCUCAUUUGUUGCCUAUAUGAUGCCAA